GUUUUCUUCCGCCGGUCAGACCGAAAGUCUCUGGAGUUCAGACCGAAACUCACGGCGGGUAGCCAUGUAGCUGAGACAGUAUUAUUGUAGUUAUCGUCAAUAACUGUAAAUGUAUUUCCCCAACACUGCAGGGUCUGUAUUUGCUAAAGUUUACACAUUUCUCGUAUAAUGUGUGAAUACCUCGAAAAAGCCUGAAAUCUGCUGUGUGAAGCUGCUAACAGAAUGAUGGAACUCAGCUGACAGAAGUUUGAAUGAGAAGUUUGUUCCCAGUGAAAGUUCCUCUACACUCCUGACUCUCCUGUGUGCUGGAGCUCGACACUGCUCUGACCCGCAGCUGGAACUGGACCGACCUGAUGAAGAGCUUACUUUUAUUUACAGCUUGCUUUCUUCACGUUUCUGCAGACACACAGUCCCUACAGUACUACUACACUGCACUCACACAAGGAAUACAUUUCCCAGAGUUCACUGCUGUUGGUCUGCUGAAUGGAGAGCAGUUUAUGUUCUACAGCAGCAGUAACAGGUUGCUGAUCCCAAAGGAUUGGAUAAAGAAGCCUGAGGAUGAAACCUAUUGGAAAAGUGAGACACAGGACAUGCAGGGCCAUCAGGAUAGCUUUAUCAGCAAAUUCACAACAGUAUUAAAUCAGUUUAAUCACAGUAAAGGAGCUCAUAUACUACAGCGGAUGUUUGGCUGUGAGUGUGAUGAUGACGGCACCACUAGAGGAUACGAUCAGUACGGUUAUGAUGGAGAAGAUUUCAUCAAUCUGAAUCUGAAAAAUGCAACCUGGACUCAAGCUGUGAUCUUUAUAAACAAGUGGGAUCCUAGAGGAGCUGAGGCUAAAUACUGGAAGAGCUACCUGGAGAAUGACUGUAUUGAUUGGUUAAAGAAGUACGUGUCUAAUGGCAGAGAGACUCUGGAGAGGAAAGUUCGUCCCGAGGCGUCAGCGUUCCAGAAACACUCUCCUUCUCCAGAGGUGGUGUGUCAUGCUACAGGUUUCUUCCCCAAAGCAGUGGUGAUCUCCUGGCAGGAGGACGGAGAGGAGGUGCAUGAGAACGUGGCGCUCAGAGAGACGUUACCCAACCAGGAUGGAAGCUUCCAGAAGAGAAGCAUUCUGACAGUUCCAGCUGAGGAGCUGCAGAAACACAACUACACCUGCGUGAUUCAGCACAGCAGCUUGGAGAAGGAGUUAGUGCUGCCUGUGAGAGGUGGAGGAUCAGAUGGAGGAUCAGAUGGAGGAUCAGGUGGAGGAUCAGGUGGAGGAUCAGGUGGAGGAUCAGGUGGAGCAUCGAUUGCUAUCAUCGUUGCUGUAGUCGUUGCUCUCGUUGCCGUUGUUGCUGGAAUUGUGGUCUGGAAGAAGAAGAACUCUGGCUUCAGACCUGUUCCAGCCAAAGCCCCUCUGAAGGAGAUUCUUCCUCCAACAACUCUUAAAGUGUGACUGUGUGUCUUCCUGCUGAACUGAGAGAGAAAGACAUGAUGAUGUUUACAGUGUAAUAUGGAAUAAAAAUCUGUGUGUGGAGUGAAAAUCCAGCAUUUAAUAUGACAUCCAUUUAACAUGACAAGCUGUGUGCGGGGUUUUUUUUUUUUGUCUUUUUAUUUUCAAGAGAGGCAAAAAGAGAGACUGGUGAGGGAACAAAUGUUUAUACCUGCUACAACAUGAGAACAAGAACCAAUUUGUUUUACGAAUGUUCCAUGUAAUUAAAUGCAACUAUAAACAGAUAAAAAGUAUGACAUGUUGUACUUACUUACUUACUUACUUACUUACCUAAAUUACCACAAGCACAAUUUUCAAGCAAAACAUUUCCCAAAAAAUAGAUAAAAAUGCUUGAAAAGUUUGCUUGUGGUAUCUUUCUUUAAAUUCACUGCCACUUGGUUUGCCAUGUUGUUUUCUAAUGCAGUGUAAUUCAUAUAUUUAUAAGUGUGGCGUAAGUGUUCAAAUACUUUUUGGGGCCACUGUAUGCUGACAUCUCUGCCUUACUCAGGUCACAAGUUGCAUUUACUGGAGAAACUGAACUAUGAUCUGUAAAAACAGAAUUUAUGGAUGCUGUAUUAGAGUAGUAGGCAGGCUAUCUAACACAUCAGUCAUUCUAGCCAUUCUGUAUUUGCACUGAACUGUGACGAUGACACAUUUUAACAAAUUUCUUUGUAUACUCUGCAUAUGUUAUUAUAAUGGUGCAGUUUUGUUGUUCCUUUCAUCUUUUUUUAUUUUCUGUUACAAGAAAUAAAUUAAAAGAAUCUAAGUUAGA